AUGAUGUUACUCUUAAGGAAUCAUCGUAAUCCUAUCUUAAAACGAAUAAAUGGUCUGUCGAUUAAGCUAGGUUAUCAUUUUGAUAUGAAGACUAUGAGAACUAACGGUGGUUUACUUAUUCCCAGUCAACUAAAUAACUUACUAGGAACUUCAUGGAUUAGACAUCAUCUUUAUACAUUGGGACAUGACAUUGUGAAAUUACAACUAUACCAGAAGUUUAGCCAUUUAUUGACUGUCGGAGGUGGGGGGAUUAUAAAAACGGUUGUUUUCGACUUAUCUUCUUUCAUAAAGAGGGAAUUGAAACCAAACGAUAUGAAUAGCAAUACAGCACAACAAUUGCGAGAUUUAGUCUAUUUUGGGUCCAAUUCCAAUAAUUAUCCUAGUGAGGUUAUGUAUGAAAGUCCUAAACUCUCAAAUAGGCAUAGUAUAUCUGACUUCAGGUGGUUCUUCAUAGCCGUUGGAUAUAUGAUUGUAUCUCAAUCAGAGAACAAUAUUGAAGAUAUUACGGAUAAGAUUGUUAAUAUUUAUAUUAAUUCUAACAAUAAUAGAAUUAUUGAAGAUUAUAAUCAACAAGACGAUGCCAGUAACAUGAAAAUAUUAGAAUUAAUGAAACAAUAUUACAAUAGUGUGCCUAUAAAUCGUGCUAAAUUAUAUAGUAAUGAGCCAAAAUUUAUUACUAUGUUUGAAACAAAAGAUUAUAAAAUUCUGUUACCGCCAUUACCAAAGAUACAUAAUAAGGAACUAUUGGCUAAAUCACUUAUGCAUAAAGAAUUGUACCGAGGUUUGUUGGAUUCUAAGCAUACGUUCUCUAAAGAGUUAAAGCGGCGGAACAUUACAUUAGCCCAACGGGCUUACAAUAUUAUAAAGUACGAUCUAUCAUUCUUAGAUGGAUUGGGUGAUUUCUACCUAGCCCGUGAAUCGUCAAAUUUGCUAUACAAGUAUCGUGGAAGCCGGAAUGAUAGCUCACCUAUCCAAUUUGGAAGGAAAUCUUACAAUUUGUUACGAACUAUACUAGCGACAAAUACCUUGCUAUCAGAAUUAGCAUUGGCUUACAAUCUUCACAAAGGGUUAGAUGAUGUUGUGGUUUUCAAAUUAUUGAGAAAGUCAUAUGUUCCUCACUUGAACCAAUGGAAGAAUUCAAACUCAAAAUUUGAUAAUGAUGAAGUAAGAGGCUAUGAGCAAGAAUUUAUAGCUGAUUAUUUUGAACAGUAUGUUGGUGCUUUAUUUUUGGAGCAGCCUGAGGUUGCGCAGGGAUGGAUUACAGAAAUCUAUGAAAAUAUUUUACUUCUGAUAUCUGACGUACAAGUGUCAGCUGGAACAUCAAGAAACUACGAUUAUAAUGCAUGGAGUGUUGAUGUAAUUGGUAGAAGUUUAUAUAAACAAUGA